AUGAAGAAAAGCUUAUCUAAAACUAUCGGUAAAGAGAUGCUUACUUUCAAUGAAUUAGAGGAAGUAUUGUUGGAUGUUGAGUGCUCAAUGAACAAUAGACCACUUUGUUACCAAGGUGACCAGUUCGACAAUCAAGUACUGACACCAAACGUAUUAAUGAGGGGAAAACCUGCAACAUUGCUUGAAGAAAAUAUUGCUUUAAUUGCAAAAGAGGAAUAUGCAAUACGGAGAGCCAAGUUUAUAAAAAACUGUAAAACCCAUCUGAGAAAAAAAUGGAUGAACGAAUAUGUACAUGCAAUGGAAGAACGACAGCAAGUAAGGAAUAAGGGAAGUAACAUAAAACUGCUAGUUGUUGGAAGCGUGGUACUUAUUAAAGAGGAUUUAAAAAACAAAGCACUUCUAAAUAUUGGGCGAGUUGAAAGCGAAAUCAAAGGAAAAGAUGGAGCUACGCGUAGCUUAAAAAUACGAUUGGAGAACGGUUAUGUUAUUGAACGACCAAUUCAACUGGUGUGUGACCUGGAAAUCGAUUUUAAGGCAGAGAGUAUGAUUGAAUCUAAAAAGAACGUGGAAAUUGGUAAAAAAGUGGAAACCCUAAAAAGAGUACCGAGACGGGCAAAAUUAGAUGCAAGACAAAAAAUCAGUUGCAUCAUGGAAGACGAGAUGGCUGAUUAA